AUGGUUAAAGCCGGGACCCCAGAGCUGGCCUUCCACAGUGACACAACGGACCUUGCAAAGCGGGACCUGGAGACCGGGGAACCGGGUGACCUGAGCCUGAGACUGGCCUACAGACACAGCCCGUGUGAUGGGGUGGUGCUGGUUCACCACAAGGGCUUGUGGGGGCACGUGUGCAACCGAGAGUGGACGCUGGCCGAGGCCGAGGUGGUCUGCAGGCAGCUGGGCUGCGGCCACGCUGUGGGUGCCCCCAAGUAUGUGCCGCUGCCUGGGGAGAAGGUGAAGCCCUGGCUGCACAACGUCACCUGUGGGGGCCGCGAACCCUCCCUCUGGGCGUGCCGCCUGGGGGCCUGGAGCCAGAGCCCCUGCCCCCACCAGUGGGUGGUGGUGGCCCUGUGUGCCAAUGGCACUUUCCGGGAGAUCCGACUGGUGAAGGGCCGCAGCCCCUGUGCUGGGCUCCCCGAGAUCCGGAACGAGAACGGUGUGGACCGCCUGUGUGGCCUGCACCCAGAGGAGGCCACGGUAUUCUGCCGGGAGCUGGGGUGUGGCCCUGUGCUGCAGGCCCCCCGCCAAGACGCGGGUGUCUCUGGAAAGUACAUGACGUGCGCAGGCACCGAGCCCACCAUACGCAACUGCAGGCUCAACAACAACCUGCGAGGAGGCUGUGACUUCCAGCAGGACGCAGAGGUGGUGUGCGCAGGACAUGUGGAGGCCCGACUGGUGGGUGGGGAGCACCCCUGUGCCGGGCGGCUGGAGGUACGGCGCGGCCUGACCUGGGGCACCGUGUGCGACGCCGACCUGGACCUGCCCACGGCCCACGUGGUGUGCCGGGAGCUGCAGUGCGGUGCCGCUGUGUUCAUGUCCUCUGCUGCCUAUUUUGGCCAGGGCUCAGGGCCCGUGUGGCCAGAGGCCUCUCACUGCCUGGGCAAUGAGUCCCAGCUCUUCCACUGCCCCCGGGUGCCUGGGCAUCAGUGUGGACAUAGCCGGGAUGCCGGGCUGCGGUGCUCAGAGUUCCGGCUGGCCAACGGCAGCAGUGACUGUGAGGGGCGCGUGGAGCUGCAGGUCCAGGGGGCCUGGGCCCCUCUCUGUGCUGCCCACUGGGACCUGGCAGACGCCACUGUUCUCUGCCACCAGCUCAACUGUGGCCAUGCAGUGGCCACACUCCCAGGAGGCUACUUUGGGGACGGGGCGGCUCCACUCUGGCCUGACGCCUUCCACUGUGGGGGGACUGAGCCCUACCUGUGGCACUGCCCAGUACACACCCUGGGGGGCCCCGCCUGCGCCCCCGGACACUCGGCUUCGGUCGUCUGCUCAGGCUUGGUCGGUGCCCUGCGGCUGCGGGACGGACCCGGCCGCUGCGCCGGCCGUGUGGAGCUGGCCCUGGGUGGCAUUUGGGGCCGUGUGCUGGAUGGCGCCUGGGACGAGCAGGCUGCCCGCGUCGUGUGUCGCCAGCUGGGCUGCGGGGGGCCCGAGCGCAUCUACACAGCUGCCCCCCCUGCACCCGGGGUCCCGGUGGCUGUCGGCCGCACACACUGCCUGGGGACUGAGCGCAGCCUGACCUGCUGCAAUGUGUCCACUGCCCCACUGGUGCCCGCCGGAGCCUCAUGGGAUGCAGGUGUCGUGUGCUCAGGGAGUCGUGGAGUGCGGCUGGUGGCGGGCCCAGGCCGCUGCGCAGGGCGUGUGGAGGUGCUGCUCGGGAUGGAGUGGGGCAGCGUGUGCGAUGACGGUUGGGACCUGCAGGACGCGCACGUGGUCUGCGGCCAGCUGGGCUGUGGCCGCGCCCUCCUGGCCCCUGGAGCCUCGCACUUUGGGGCGGGGUCCGGGCUCGUGUGGCUGGAUGAGUUGGGCUGCAGUGGCCAGGAGACCGCGCUGUGGACGUGCCCGUCGCAGGGCUGGGGUCGGCACGACUGCAGCCACAAGGAAGACGCGGGCGCCGUGUGUGCAGGCUCCGUGGCCCUGAGGCUGCGUGGAGGUGCCCACCCCUGUGCUGGGUGGCUAGAGGUCUUCUACAACGGGUCCUGGGGGGCCGUGUGCAGCAAUGCUCUGAAGGACACUUCCCUGUCCAUCGCCUGCCAGCAGCUGGACUGUGGGCAGCAGGGCUGGCUGGAGAACAGGCCUCGCCACUCUGCAGGCCCGCAGUUCUCCUGGGUGGACAAUGUUGAGUGCCGCUGGCUUCGCAACUCUAUGCUGUGGCACUGCCCCUCGGCCCCAUGGCAGCCACACUCAUGUGCCCAGGGAGAGGAGGCCUGGGUCACCUGUGCAGGAUCGUCCAAGCGGGUCCCACUGGACUUUGGCGACCCCAACUGCUCGUCACCUCAGGGUUGCACAGACACCCUUCAGCCCAUCCCUGUCCACCCCCAGGCCCUCCCCACAGUGACCACCACCCCUUCUCCGGAGGAAGGUGUGCUGCGGCUGCGUGGGGGCGCUGACCGCUGCUCGGGCCGUGUGGAGGUCUGGCACGAUGGCGCCUGGGGCACUGUGUGCGACGACGCCUGGGACCUGGCUGACGCUGACGUCGUGUGCUUCCAGCUGGGCUGUGGCCCCGCCCUGGACGCCCUGGCGGGGGCCACCUUUGGGCCCGGCUCAGGGCCCGUGUGGCUGGACGAGGUGGGGUGCAGGGGUAGGGAGGUGUCCCUGUGGGACUGCCCUGCAGGGCCGUGGGGACUGGGGGACUGCGGCCACAAGGAGGAUGCCGGCGUGCGCUGUGCCCGUGAGUGGACGGGGCAGUGGGAGGGUGGGAGGGACUCCCGGCACCCCACUGUCCCCUGGGGCUCCGGGCAUGGGGUGCUGCUUCCUGGCUGAGGCACCUGUCUUCCUGU